UAAUCGAUCCACCGUCACUUUCACAAACAGGUACACACAGUAAAGCCCAUAACCAAAUAUAACCACACAAAAUCCACACCGACUGAAGUGAGCUUCAUCGUUUUUAUUUUUAUGUUUUUGCGGCCACAAAUGGGAUCUCGCCAAAUACUCACCAUUUUGAUUCUCACAAACACAUUGCUCUCUUUCAUUACCCCGACUCACUGUUCUUCUUCUUCUAAGUCACAGAAUGUUACUGUGUCGCUGUACUAUGAAACUCUGUGUCCUUACUGUGCGAAUUUCAUAGUGAACUAUCUGGUGAAGAUCUUCCAGAACGGUCUUAUCUCCAUUGUCAAUCUCAGGAUGGUCCCAUGGGGCAACGCUUGGAUCAACAAAUCGGACGCCUCCUUCAUUUGCCAGCAUGGGUCAGAUGAAUGCUUGCUGAACACUAUUGAAGCCUGCACUAUUAUUGUCUACCCUGAUGUGGUCCGGCAUUUUAGAUUUAUCCACUGUGUUGAGCGUCUCACCUUGGAAGGCAAGCAUACGGAGUGGAUCAAUUGCUUUCAAAAGUCAGGAUUGGGUACUGUACCCAUCGAUUGCUACAGUAGUGGUUAUGGAAAUGUGAUUGAACAAAAAUAUGCCAAGGAAACAGCUCAGCUCAAUCCACCACAUAGAUUUGUACCAUGGGUGGUUGUGAAUAAUCAACCAAUCCAAGAGGACUACGGAAAUUUUGUGGCCUAUAUUUGUAAGGCUUACAAAGGUCCUAAACCUGAGGCCUGUAGAUCACUUUCACCUAUGGUUGACUCAAUUGAGAAAUCAAAUUCUAUCCAGCCAGUAUGCUAUGUGGAUGAAGAAAGAACUUGACAUCAUUAACAACGGCAAAUAAGAUCCCAAGUUUGGUGAAAGAUUCUCUGACAAACCAUGGAUGAAGGAGGAGCUUUCAGUGUGACUCUGAGACACGAUUUAUAUAAUUCUUCAUCAAUACAAAACUUUACAGCAUCAUGGUGUAUUUCACUAAUGUUAAUAUGAUGGUAAUUUAUUGGCUGAUUGGCAUGCUAUGUAAAACAAGUAACCUGGUUGUAGUACUCUCUUUUUUUCCCUUCUUGAUUUAGGUUAUUUAUGUGUCCUAACAUGUAUUUUUGUUUAUAACUUUGGUUUCUAGAAAACAGCCUAAAGUUAUCAAGAGCCUUGUAGCUCAUUAGCAUUGCUUGGUA